ACAAGUUUUGACAGCUGCAUAGCAGUCAAAUAUCAGCGCUGCCAACCUUCUGCUUCCGGUUAAAAGCGCCCUUUCUUUCUCGAUCAACUCACAAGAAUGGGUAUAAGCCGUGAUAGUUAUCACAAAAGGCGGGCCACUGGUGGCAAGAAAGCCGCUAUUCGCAAGAAGAGGAAGUAUGAGUUAGGACGUCCAGCUGCCAACACUAAGAUUGGUGCCAGUCGUAUUCACUUUGUACGUACUCGCGGUGGAAAUCGUAAAUUUCGGGCUCUUCGUCUAGAUUCCGGCAAUUUUGCCUGGGCUUCGGAAGGUACCGCUCGCAAGGCUCGUAUUAUCGAUGUUGUGUACAAUGCAUCCAACAACGAACUGGUACGCACGAAAACCUUGGUGAAGAACGCCAUCGUUGUGAUCGAUUCAUCCCCGUUCCGUCACUGGUAUGAGAGCCAUUAUCUGUUGCCGUUGGGUAAGAAACGGGAGGUGAAAGCCGGCGAGGAAGAUGUUUUGGCAAAGAAGCGUAGCAAACGUGUGCUGAAGAAGUACGUUAAGCGACAGAAGACUGCUAAAAUUGAUCCCGCGCUAGAAGAACAGUUUAACGCUGGUCGAUUGCUCGCUGUCAUUGCUUCCCGCCCAGGACAGUGCGGUCGCGCCGAUGGCUAUCUGCUGGAAGGAAAGGAACUGGAAUUCUAUCUGAAGAAGAUUAAGAAUAAGAAAUCUAAGUAAGCCGAGAAUUGAGGGGUAUCAACGCAGUGUAAGGAAAAUGUAACGUGUAAGGUUUUUUACACACCUGAGAGCGUGAAAUUGCAUUACCAGCACUUCAAAUGAAAAGAUAUAAAAGUAUCGUUUAAAGCUGUAA